AUGAAGAUGAAGCAGAAGUAGACGAGGUGAACGAAGAGCAGAGUCCAGGAAUAGAAUAUAGUAAGAAUGCAAGGAACAGAGGAAGCUCUCAGGCUGUUACGACAGGACGAGCAUUCGAAUCCAUCCACCAAAUACUAGGAGAAAGAAACCCAAGAAGGAGAAGAACACAUCGCAAUUGGGUGGUGGCAAUGUGGCAUACUGUCCCUCAAAUUCGAAGGGAGCGCCAGCACGGGCGGCCUUGGACUCGUUGGAGCGAAUACGCGUCGGGGACGAGCGAUGGGCUGAGAGCUGAAGCACUGAACGUGCGCGCGAAGGGCAGCAGGGAAGGGAUUUGCACAUUUAGCUCCCAGGAUUUGCACUUCUUGUUGGCGUAUUUGUAGGCAGGAAUUUGCAGACGUGCUCUAUGAUGCCGAGAUAACAAUUGCAUCCCCCCCUCAUGGAUCCUCUGGAAAGCUGAAGCUACUCUGCAAGACUGCAACGAUUGCAGCAACACGGACGUGCCUACUAAAAACAUGGUGCAAUAAAACUGCGAAAUGCUAAACAAGGUCAAGCCGGCAGCCAGGUGAGCAACAUUCCAGGCAGCAGGCAUAUUCUGAGCCGUUCAGCGUGGACCGGAGCCAACAACGGGGAUAAGAAGUCCCAACUAGUAGUAGUUGGCAGCCAAUGCGGUGGCCAAAAUUUGACCAAGCCAAGGCUAGUAAACAGCAAAUUUUGUAGCAAACCAAAAUUAAAAUGCGACGUAACCAAAGCGCUGGCGUAACCAUGUCGACAUUAGACCUGAUUUGUUAAUACGUGCUGAGAUGGCGAGGCAUAUCUUGUAACCAGCGACGAAGAGAAGAGUUCAAGCUGCAUUGGAUACAUGUGCUCCUGCCUCCUGGGGGUUAGUUGAGGCGUCUCUCUUUUGCACCUCAUCAAUAGAGACAAAUAAUUUGAGUUGCAUAUUUUUUGACUACUGACUGGACACCCAAUCGAGGUCCACAAAAAUAUGGAGUAGCGUACUCUUCUGGCCCUCCUAUGCGUUGAACUUCUUCGCCUCACCAUCUCAUCUGCCCAUCCGUGAUUUUCCAUCGACCGGCCAGGCCUUCCUUCUGUAUAAAGCGUCUCCUAAAUCACCGCAGAGUGUACACCCACACAUAUCUGAAAUCUAGUCAUCUUCCUUAGUCAUCUUCCUUUUGCUCUCUGCUUUGCUACCCUGUUCCCCGACCAUGGCAGAGCUGCUGGACGAGUUCGCGUCCAAGCUUGUGGGCAUCCUGGCAGGCAUGGUGAAGGAGGAGGUGGAGAUGCUCCUCGGCGUGCCGGGUGAGGUCACCAAGCUCGAGACCACGCUCCGCGACCUGAGCCACAUCUUGGGUGAUGCGGAGAGGAAGCGCAUCCGUGACAAGGCUACGGAGGGUUGGGUGAGGGAGCUCAAGGACGUCAUGUACGACGCCGAUGACGUCCUUGACCUCUGCCAGCUCAUGGAAGGCGGAGAAGAUCCUCCCGCACCAACAUCUGCUCCGAAAACCACCUCAAGGUGCUGGGACAUCCCCAAGAUGUUUUUUUGCUUCCGCAACCCUGUUGCGGCACAUGAGAUUGGAACGAAGAUCCAAGCGAUCAACCAGCGACUGGAAGACCUGGCAAAGAGGAGCUCCCGUUUCGGAUUCAUCACCCAAGCCAUCCAUUCCUCAGCUGAUUCAAUCAACGAAGCUUGGAAUUCUUUGUCCGACGAGACUGGAUCGGUUUUUAUCCGGUCUGAUGUUGUCGGCGAGAAGAUUGAGGAUGACACGAAGAAAAUUGUUGAUCUACUCAUCAAGAAGGUGGAUGCUCCUGUAGGAUCAAGGGCCAAUAGUGAUGUGGUUGUUGCUGUUGCUAUCACAGGCACAGGUGGGAUAGGCAAAACCACUCUUGCUAAGAUGGUCUUCGGUGAUAGUAGGGUGGAGGAAAACUUCAAGGAAAGGAUCUGGUUGAGCGUUAACCGUGAGUUCAAUGAGAUCAAUGUCCUACAAAGUCUUAUAGCUUCUUUUGGUGCCAAACAUGAAGGCUGUGCGGGAAACAAGGACCUACUUCAGCGUGCCCUGAAGGAUACAAUCCGGCAAAAGAAGAAGUUUUUGUUGGUGAUGGAUGAUGUGUGGAGCGAAAAUGUGUGGUAUAAGCUGCUUAGAGAGCCGCUCAAUCAUGGUGCUUCUGGCAGUCGAGUCUUGGUGACCACAAGAAAUGAUGGAGUUGCUCAUGGGAUGAAAGCUCAACAUCUCCAUCGAGUUGACAAGCUAACAACGGAAGAUGCUUGGAUUUUGCUAAAGAACCAGGUAGUUUUGAAUGAGAGUGAUGAUGUCGAUGAAUUGAAGAGUAUCGGGAUGGAAAUUGUUAAAAGAUGUGACUGCUUGCCAUUAGCAGUUAAGGUCCUUGGAGGACUCUUGCGCCGCAAAAGUAGAACAAGAGAUGCCUGGACGGAUGUUAGUAGCCACGGCACUUGGUCGACAAUAGGAAUCCAUGAAGAUAUUAAUAAAGCGGUCUAUUUGAGUUAUGAAGACUUGCCUUCACACUUGAAGCAAUGUUUUGUGUAUUGUUCGCUAAUCCCUCAAGAUUACUUGAUUUCAAGUCGAGUAAUAGUCCAGAUUUGGAUUGCAGCAGGUCAUGUACACAACAAGAUGAGCUGUAAGGCACCAGAAACGUUGGGGGAAGAAUACUACAAAGAAUUGGUUUCAAGAAAUCUUCUAGAACCAGAGAAAGGUUACUAUAGAAUAUCAGCAUGGAACAUGCACGACGUUGUCCGUUCCUUCGCUCAGUAUAUAAUUAAAGAUGAAGGGAUACUUAUUAGUGAUGGGCAGGAUGUCAAUAGAACUCUUAGCACUGCAAAGCUUCGGCACCUAUCUAUCUCAAACAAGGCAGUAAGGCAUGACACUUUGCAAACACAAGCCUUGCUUAGAACAUUAAUGUUAUUCGAAGGCAGCACCACUGUUGAGCUAAAGGAUAUGUUGAACAACCUUUCUUGCCUAAGAGUACUACAUCUGAUAGAUGUAGAUCUAGUUGAGCUGCCAGACUCCAUAUGCCACCUCAAACAUUUAAGAUCCUUGUAUCUUUCUGGCACAAGCAUAUCCACAAUUCCUCAAGGCAUAGGAGAUCUAAAAUUUCUACAAUCUAUUGACCUUGAUGGGUGUGCAAAUAUUCAUCAACUUCCUAACAGCAUCCUAAAGCUGCGGAAGCUAAGGUCACUCACCUUGAGCGACACGGCAAUCACUUCAGUUCCUCGUGGCUUGGGAAAACUAGAAGAUUUGGUCGACAUAAGGGGGUUUCCAACACAUUAUUCAAAUGAGAGCACAGGUGGCUGGUGCAGCUUAGAAGAACUCAGACCUCUAUCGAAGCUCCAAAGCCUUGAAAUAAUAUGUCUGGAGAAGGCACCUUCCGGUUCUAUGGCUGCUAAAGCAAACCUUAGCAGUAAACAUCACCUGACACGGUUACAUUUGGUAUUUACCAGCAGGCUAGGAGACAACGGGGAGGUCGAAGGCAACAUUAGCGAGGAGGAACACAGGAGAACAGAGGAGGUGCUGGAUAAUCUGUGUCCUCCAACUUGCAUGGAACGACUUGAAAUCAAAGGCUACUUUGCACGUGGGCUACCGCAGUGGAUGAGAACCAUGUCAGCCUUUGGGAGCUUAAGGCGGUUGGCGCUAGAUGACUACGCAUGCUGCACGCAUCUACCUAAUGGAUUGGGGCAGCUCCCCUUUCUUGAUCAUUUUUGGGUCAACCGUGCUCCGUCUGUCCAGUGCGUUGGGCACGAUUUCCUCUUCCCCUCCUUGGGUGGUCAAGCCGAUGGCAAAGUAACACGGGACAAUAACAGGCAGCCUCAUCAUACUUCGCGUGGUGCUGGUGUUGCUUUUCCCAAGCUGAGAAAAGUGGGUUUUGAAGGCAUGCUGGGAUGGACGCAGUGGGAGUGGGAGCAGCACGUCCCAGCAAUGCCUGCACUAGAGGAGCUUAGCAUCGGAGACUGCAAACUGCAACGCCUUCCUUCUGGGCUUGCACACCAUGCAUGCCGGUUGAGAGAGUUGUGGCUGACAAAUAUCCAGCUUUUGGUCUCUGUGGAUAACUUCCCUUCACUAGUCAAGCUUUGGUCAUAUGACAACCCAAGGCUGGAGAGGAUCAGCAACAACCCAAGCUUGCAAUUCAUUGACAUCACCAGAUGCCCAACACUAAAGGAAUUGGACGGUUUGCCAUCCCUCCGAAGCCUCGAGUGGCAGGAUGAGGAUGCUAAAUCACUGCCAGAAUACUUGCGAGAGGCAAAGCUAAAGAAGUUACGCGUGGAUUGCAGCCGAAGCUUGCUCAAACUGAUAGCGUUACAAGAUGAAUCCUCAGAAUGGGGAAAGAUCCAGCACGUCCAGCAAGUAAAGGCAUAUGUGAAAGAGGAGGAGGAAUCCGACGAAUCGUCACAGGAAGAUGAUGAGGCCAAUGAGGAGGAAGACAACCAAUCAGAAGAAGGUGAGGUCGACAAGGACGCUGACCAAUCAGAGGAAGAUGAGGAGGACGAGUACUGGUACAUCUACUAUACCAAGGAGCCGUAUUCCUUUGACGCAUACUUGGGCGAGUCCACAGAUGAAGAGGAAGAGGAAAAGGAAGAGGAACAGGAAGAGGAAGAGGAGAGGUGAUGGAAUACUAUAGAGGCCAAGAAUAACACUACUGAAAGAAUGCAAAGAGUAUAUAUAUAGGAAGCUUCAGGCUGCAAUGACAGGAGCAUUCCCUUCCAACCAAGGCUUUCCGUUAUAGCAGGAGCAGGAAAGAGGGGACCCGCUAUUGUCGUACCGAUACGUUUGGAGCCUUGAAACCCAAAGGGGAGAACAGGAGCCUGAAAUCCAGCGGGAGGGCACACGCGGGCUGCUCCGGCAGCCGUCGCGCGCGCGCUGGCAGCAUGCAGCGAACGGAGAGGGGCUCGUGGGACGCGCCAAAAGCUGCGCGAGGCGGCACCCGGCUGAAACGCAUGUGUCUCCCAUGUUGAUUGUGGAACGAUGACGUUGUUCAGAAAUCGGAAACCCAAGAUGGAGUAACCUGUGUUCCACGGUUGGUUUUUGCACUUCUUUGGUGUCUUGUUAUUUUGUACGUGAUCGGCACGAUUGCACCAUCUUGUGAUUGUGAUCCUCAAACUAUGUUAUUGUCUUAUAAUUUCCGUACUGUGUAAUACCACCACGGUGUCGUCUCAUCAAGCUUUACCUUCAGUUUGAUCGCUA